AUGUCGGAUAAUGCGUGGCUUAUGGCUCGCUAUGUGCGGCCUAUCUAUCAAGCAAUUGAUGAUCACCAAUACAAGAAUGCCAUUAAACUCUGCUCACACAAACGUGUGGCACAUUUAGACAUCGUGCAGGUGCUCAAAGCGCAUUCGCUGGAACGUACGGGUCGCGUGGAGGAAGCUUUGAACAUAUGUCGCUAUCUUCAGCUUAAGCAGCCUACUGACGAGACAUUGCUUAAUACUAUGAACUUGGUCUUUAAGUUAGCCGGAUGCGAGCAUGAGAUGCUUCCAACUUUUGAACAUGCCUGCGCUGUGAGUAAUCCACCAAAUGAAGAACUCUUCUUGUCGCUGUUCGUGAGUUAUGCACGUUGCAGCGCCUUCCUUAAGCAGCAGCAGACGGCGCUGAAAAUGUUCAAAGCUUUUGGAAAAAUUAAAUACGUUUGCUGGGCAGCACUUAGCAUGAUGCUGCAGGUGGAGCAUGGUGGUGCACCAGCGCGUAUGCUAGCGCUGGCCGAGAAGAUGCUGAUCAAGACGCUGAGAGAAACAAAAUCGGAUGAUGGUGAAGCGUUGCAAUUAGUAGUUUUGAUUAUGCAGCUGCAAGGGAAUGAUGAUGGUGCAUUGGAAACGUUUGACGAGCUCGUACGAGUGGACGAUAGCAAGGAUAAGAAGAUAGUGACACUUGGACGUGCUGCAGAAGGUGAAGGAGAAUAUGACGAAGAAAUUGAGUUGGGAUGUAUGCAGACUAUUGAUAAAUUGUCGCUAGAGGCAACACUUGCAAAAAAUGUGAAGAAUUGGAAACGAUGUGCGGCGGUAAAUCGAAAGCUUUUAGAGGAAUUUAAUGCGGAUGACUGGACUUUUUUGAAGGACUACAUCGCUGCUCGAUUUAUAGAAAAGUCUGACUGCAAUAUGGACGAGCUGUUGACACUUCGAGAAGAACUGACAGAGUUCUUACAUGAUCUAGCGUCUACACCAGGAAACGAUCGCAUACGAGGUCCUGCUCUCGCUCAAAUUCAUGUCAAUUGCGAGAUUUUAAAGAGGUUGGAUGCAGAAGAUGCGGCUAUUUCAACGGCUGAGAUGAAUCUGCAAGAGAAUAUCGUUGCCUAUGCGGAUAGAUUUCACUUCAAGACGUGCUGUUUUACUGAUUUGAAACAAUACUUUACUCUGUAUUUGAACGAGAGCUCGACUUUCUCAUCACAUGCUAAAUCAAAUUUAAUUACUUACUUUGUGAAGAUGUCGACGGAGUCUGCGCAUUCGCUAAAGCUCAAGCCGACAGGCAAUGAUGUGGAUGAUGAAGUUACUCGUAAAAUUGGACAAGCUAGUCUAAGCAAGCGUCUACUUGCACUCAAGUCGCUUCGCUUUCUGGGCUUCUACGACAACGUGGAGCACUUUUCUGUUGUUAGUUUGGAUCACUUGGUAAAGGAGCUUGAAGAUGAAUAUGAAGCAACGAACUGGCUUAACGUUGGUAGCGCCGGUGGCCAGCGAGAGGUGCAGCUUACAGAUGACUUAUUGCUGCUUGCUGCACAUACGCUGCUUGAUAUUUAUCAGCGCUCAAGCGGUCAUCGAUCGUACUUGGAGCGAGCUGCAGGACUACUCGAGUAUGGAUUGGAAAAGAGUGCAUAUAAUUUCCAGAUGAAGCUUCUCUUAUCUCGUGUGUACGGCUAUUUGGGUGCUGCAAAAGCAAUGUUGAGCCGUCAUGCGGAACUAGAUAUUAAGUAUGUGCAAUUGGACUCCUUGUCAUUUUUGGUCUUGGAUAAACUGCUCGGCCUGUGUUACUAUCCCGAAGCACAGAAGCUGACAAACCGAAUUCUAUCCUUGCACAAUAGCACGGCGAAGGACACACCUGAGUAUAUUGCUCGUGCGUAUCGACUUGGCGUAUAUUCCAAGGUGGUGGAUAUGUCUACCUUUCUUCACAAGCGCAUGAAAAAGUCUCAUACACUAGCUAUAAGCAAAGGUGAGACGCUGCGCUUCGAGCUGCUCGACGCUCUUGCUUUAGGACCUUCAAAAUUGUUCGAGGUCGUGACAUCUUCGAAUUUCGAUGCGCAAGUGACUGACCUAGAAAAUAUGCUUGCGCUUGAUGGCGCUGAAUUGUCGUAUAAUCAGCAUCGUGAGGUCAUCGUAGACUGGACUGCACAACCACGAAUCCCGACAGGUGCCUUCUUUGCUCAAGACGAUGCACCUCUAGUGGAAUAUGAUUGCUCCGCUGAUGCCUCGUCUUCUUUGCUAUGGCUCAAACUCCGCUUGCUGGUGCCAAAGCUGCUCAAAAAUCUUGCAGACGACGACCACACCACUUUAUUUGAUCUGAAAAAUGAGUACGACGACAUAGUAACUAAACUUCACCUCAUUGCGUCGGAAAACCAAAAACCUCAGCUUCAUGAGAAGCUCUGGCAAUGGAGUUCCGCUACAAUCGCGACAUCUGUGCAAUUGGUGAACAGUCUGAGUAACAAUAUAGAAGAGCAAACGGAUUUAUCUCCAGCAGUGAUGGAACUCGAGCGUGACUUUAUUGCGAUAGUGGAGCAACUAAAAGCAAAUAUGGUCUUUAGUGCUGAGACCACACGUGAUUUAGUGACGUUUUCGCCGUAUGCUGUAUCCACAAUGUCGUCGUUACUGCUUGACACAGGUCUCACCUCACUAUGUGUACUGGCACUUACGCAGCGUAUGCUGAUGAAAGCAAAAACGAAGAAGAGUGAGCAACUUUCAGCUUCAUUCACUGCACUACGCAACCUUUUCAAGCAAAUGAACGAAUCUUUUACGUCAUUACAGACGUGCAUUACCGAAAUUCAAAUCACAUCGCCAAUCUUAUCAAAGAUUUCGUCUUCGCUAAAAGAUCAGGCCAUGCAGAAGGCGUCUAUGAACGUAUUGAAAUCGCAACAAUCACUUCAAAAACGACUGAUUGACUUGCUUAAAGUUCGUUGCGCUAGUAUUCGCACUAUUUUGCACAAGUAA